AUGGAUGACUUCAGGAGCCUCCCUCCCGUCGCCAGGACGUUAACGGCGCUUACUUUUAUUCAAUCUGCCUUGGUCUUGAGCGGAAGCGUCAACUCUUUUUGGGUUCCCUUCUAUCCUCAAUUGAUCUUCACUUGGAGAAUUUGGCCUCAGAUUUGGCGAUUUGUCACACCAUUUCUCAUGACAGAUCCGAAGUUGAACUUUGUCUUUGAUCUUUAUUUCAUGUACACCUAUUCAAGCCGACUGGAAUUUGGCUCGCCGAGAUUCAGCACACCAGGCAGCUUCCUCGUAUACGUGAUAUUCAUAGGUUCCGUGAUCAUGGCAACUGCAGGGUAUUAUUUGGGUGCCAUGAUUUUCACACAGGCUCUGAUACUUGCCUUUGCAUACACAUACUCCCAGGAUAACAAGGGGACCAAGACCAUGUUUUUCGUAGUCGAGAUACCCACCCCGAUGCUUCCCUGGGCCCGCCUCGCCUUGACCUUUGUCAUGAAGGGAUAUCACAGCGCUGCUGUGGAAUUUACCGGCAUCGUGGCCGCUCAUCUGUAUGACUUCCUGACGAGGAUCUACCCUACCUUUGGUGGAGGAAAGAACUAUAUUAUCACGCCAGUGUUCUUGAGGAGGUUGUUCACGAGGUCUCUGCGUGGAGGUCAAGAGAGGGUCUACGGCCAAGCGUUCCGGCCUCCGAACGAGCAGGAGGAAUCCAGCGGCUGGGCGUCUUCUGUUCGAAACACUUGGGAUAGCAGAGGCUCAGGACGAAGACUUGGGGGCAAUUAG